AUGGAUAUCGAGUUUCAAGAAUCCGAUGUAGUUUUCACCGAUCAAGAUCAGGCAACCCCGGAUCGGAGCAGCGAUGAGGACGAACGGGACUACUACAGUUUCUGCCAUACAAUGGUGGUGCCGAUCCACGACAACAACUCGUGGGUGCGAGGCAGAUCGAAGAAGAAGAAGGCCAAGAAGAAGAGAAGGACGAAUUCGCCACCCGUCGAUAUCCCGGAAACUUUUGUCUGGUCCCCUGAAUCUGACUAUGCUUUUGAGGAGGGGGACGACAAAGGGGUGGUCGUGCCGCCGCACUUGAUCAUCGGGCAGCGCGUAGCUGCGAGGAUGGCGUCCUCGGUGUGCUUCAGCCAUGGGAGGUUGCUUAAGGGGAGAUAUUUGAGCGAAGUGCGGGAUUCAAUUCUUAGAAUGACGGGCUUUUUGGAGUCGUGA